AUGAGCGCGGGCGCAUCGAAAGCGACAUCGCAUAAUGACAGUGGCAGGGAAGGUGGUCGCAGCCGCAGCCGGCUUGCGCUGCGGGUCGGACAGUGCUCGCGCACCUCGCCAUGCGCACACGCUCGCCCCAUGGCGCGUCGCCUGGCGCUGCUCGCGCUGCUGGCAUGCGCGGCGGCCGCGCGGCCCCCGCACCCACACCCACACUCCUCAGACAUCUCCGACUCCGAAUCCCUCGACCCCUUCUCGCUCUGGGACGAAUACGAGGAGUCCUUCGAAACAAAACCACCCAGAACCGUGAAACCCAGUGCAAAAAUCAUACUAAAGACCAAAUCCCCGAAAGUAAACAUGUCUAAAAGUGAAGAUGUUAGGAAAAAAGUUUUCAAAACUACGCACAUUAAUAUAGCGAGUCAUACGAACUUUAUAGUGACAAAACGCCCUGUAUUGUACAAUUCGAUAAAAAAAGGCCAGGGCGCAGUAGUGAAUGUUGGUGAAGAUUAUGUGUAUGUGGGUGCAUCGGACGUUGAACGCCCGCGUCCGACGAAAAGACCGACGACGACCCGUCGCCCGCCUUCGACGCGCCGCCCAAGUACGCGCCGCCCGCCUACCACAUCCAGGCGCCCCGUAGUCAAGCCGGUACGGACACCCACUAAAACGACCAAGGCGCCUAUCAGAAGGAAAACUACUACCUGCCCACCAAAGAAUCCUGGCUGGAUAUCGACAUUUUUUCAGCAAAAUAAAAUAAAGAAGCAUAAGCAGAAGCCUGCUAACACAGGUUUUUUCUCUAAGUUGUACACUUGGAUAUCUAACAAUACCUGGUUCAAUGGCGGAUGGUUCGACGAGGCACCCGCCGAGAAAUCUUCCACAACCACUACUGUAUCGCCGCAAACCACUACUCAAAACAGCUGGUUUCAAAGCUUACUGGAUUCUGAAGAAAACGAUGACGGUGCUUACGUCUUAAAUGUAGCUCAAAAAAAAUCGGCAAAGAAGUCAAUGAAAAAGAAUUAUAAAGGGCACCAAUUACUGCGUGCGUACCCUGACGCGCAGAGGAAAGUUAACGAGCUCCUAGAUCUUCGCGAUGAAGCUAAGGGUUCGGGAUUGAUGUGGUGGUCUUCACCUUCCUUGAACGGUUCCACUGAUCUCUUAGUGCCGCCUGAUCUCCUAGUAGACAUUAAAGAACAUUUGAAGUCUAUAAAAAUUGAUUUCGAUGUAAUAAUAUGGGAUUUACAGAAAGCUAUUGAUUACGAAAAUCCCAAGUUGUCUAAGAAACAAAGGCUAGAAUUGGAACAACUACGCGGUCACCCGUUAACGUGGAGGCGGUAUCACCGCUAUGCUGACAUCUUGCGAUAUUUUGAGUUCCUUCAUCAUUCUCACGGAGACCUGGUAGAGCUAGUGCCUCUCGGUCGAUCUUCGGAGGGACUGCCAUUAGUAGCUGUUAAGGAGGCGAUUAAAAAGAAGUGGAAGUUGCGAUCACGCAUGAAGCCCGUAGUUUGGAUCGACGGCGGUUCCCACGCCCGAGAGUGGAUCGCCCCAGCAGUCGCCACGUGGAUCCUGCACGCACUUAUAGAAGGAGAAAAAGGAUUAGGAACUGAGUACGAGGUUUUGAAGCAAGCGGACUUCUACAUCAUGCCUGUACUGAAUCCCGACGGGUACGAGCACUCUCAUACGCACGACCGUCUGUGGAUGAAGACGCGCUCGCGUCUCUCCGAUUACACCGACGAUUACUUCGACGGCUGGUUUCCGUGGAACUGGGGCCGCACCGAAUGCAUGGGAGCCGACGCGGACCGCAACUGGGAUUACCGAUGGGGCGAGCAGGACUCAUCCCGGGACCCGUGCGCGGACAACUUUGCCGGCCCCCAUCCGUUCAGCGAGCCGGAGACAAGAGCUGUAUCCGAGUUUUUGGCUGAGCACAGGGACCAAAUAAAAGUAUACAUAUCCCUGCAUGCGUACUCUCAAGCAUGGUUGGUGCCCAGCUCGCAAACUCGCGCGCCGUUCGCUGACGACGGCCUCACGGUCGAGAUGGGCAAACUAGCGACGUCAGCCCUAGCAGACCUAUACGGAACCAAGUACCAAGUUGGCACCGCAGCUGAGAUAAGACAGCCAGCUUCCGGAAUGUCACACGACUGGGCGAACGCACGCGCCGGAAUCAAGUUUUCUUAUCACGUGGAUCUUAGAGAUUCAUACGGACCUUAUGGAUUUUUACUACCGGGAGCUCAAAUUGUUUCAACGGCGCGAGAAACAUGGCAGGCCAUCAGGGCCAUCGUAGAUAAUAUCGCUCCGACUUCUUAACAUUUUGUGUAAUGAAACCAUAUUGCCAAAAAUCUAGUAAACCGCGUUUGUGAAUGAAAUCCAAAGUUUGAAAGGACAUAUAAAAAAUACAGGUAAAAGUAAAUACUUAUGUAAUUAACCAAAAAUACAUUGAACAGUAUUUGUUCUUUUGUCCAUCAUCAAAAAAUGUAAUGAUAAAGCACUUCUAAGUAAAAAAUGUACCAAGACGUGACUUCAUGCGACAUUUCAAAUUAAAUCAAAAUAUCUCUGUUAUGUUUAGAGUCACUAGAGUAUGUGAUUUAAUAAUAAAUGCGUAUCUAAUACUUCGUAAUAGACAACACGAUAAAAGAAGAAACAAAAGGUAGUCAUCAUGAAGAUAAUAGAAAUAGAGGGUAGCUAUUUAAGUUUGCUUGAUUGGACCUGGAGUCUGUCGUAACUUGACUAAGAAAGAAAGUCUGAAAGAAAGAAAAAAGUAAAAAUAAAUUCAAAGUAAAAAGCUUUUUAAAAACAAGCUUUUAUUUAAAUGCGCUAAAAAGAAUAAAAUAAAAAUUUCCUUUAAAACUUUUAUUAUGAACUUAAACGCCAUUACACAAUUGAUAUAACAUAUAACCUUGUCGCCAGAUUUAAGUAGGUUCUGGUAGUAACAAUAUCAAAAUUUAAAAAAAUAAAAUUAAUCCGAUCAAAUUUUGUUUAUAUACUUACACAGGUACAUCUCGCGACAAGCUUUUAUCUAUACUAAUAUUAUAAAGAGGAAAGAUUUGUAUCUAUGUUUGUAACGAAUUGGCUCAAAAAGUACUGGACUGUUUAACUUUUUUUAAAGCUUAUAUUUAACUUGCAAUGUAUUUUCUUACUUUUAAUUUUAUUUAGGAAAUAUAUUUUCAAGUAAGUAGGUACCUAAGUUAGUAACUAUAUUCUUUAAAAGCAACCGGUUAAUCGGUAGGGUAAUUAAUAAUAUUACAGUAAGGUAAUUUAUUUUCUAUAUU